UUGUAAAAUCAGUAAAAAAAAAAGUAUCUUCCACCCAAUUUUAGUCAAUAAUUUUUCAUUAAUACCCAAAUUAACCUUUUUCAUCAAUAUUUUUUUUUAUUUUCAAAAGUUUUAAUAUUCUUUUCUAAAAUAAAAAACAGAAACACAUAUUAAAAAUAAUAAUUGAUAAAAUAUACAUUUAAACUAAGCCUUUUCUAGAGUCAAGCAUUUUCGUCUCCUACAAGGCAAGUUAGUGAGAGAAACUCAAUGGUGACCUCUAACAGAGAAGACAAACGGAGAAACCCACCUGGGCUUGCGAAGAAGGCCACCGGACACCAGACCCAUCGCCACCACUCUGUCAUAGCAGUGGUCGUCUUCAAGAGGGACAUGAUAGUGCAUUCAGUUGCUUCUGCUUCUACAACAGCAGAUCCAACACCACCACCAGAAGCACUUGAAAAUGAACCAACACCACUUGAAAUUCAACAUCAGACCCCUGUUGUACCAGAAGUUAAUGAAAAUGAACCAAUGCCCCUUGUUGCCCUAGAAUUUGAUACAUAUGAAUAUCAAUUGGCAGAAAUUGACACAAUAGAUGAUGAUUUCAUUCAAUAUGACCUUGGGGGCAUUGACACAUCAGGGGUUCCACCAUAUGGAAAUUUCACCUUAGGUGCAUCAUCUGCUCUAUUUGCUUGCAAUGCUAUACCUAUAAAAGUUGGCGAACGCUUCUGUAACCUUAGACUCGUUACGCUGUUCGACUGAACUCGUUGGCUAAGUGCUGCCCCUAGGAGGCUCAAAUAUGCAACUCGAAGGGCAUCUAGCAUGCCAAAUGAGAUGAGCAUAGGUGAAGUGAAUGAGGAAUCUCUGUCAAGUCCAACAGAUGACAGUGACUUGGAGUGGAGAAAAGAAAGGAAUAAGACUUCAUCUGAUGAUGAGGAUAGUUUUGACUUAGAGAAAUAUUGUGACAAAUCUGACACUGAGACAUGGUUUGGAGAGUACUAUGACAAUGAUGAGGAUGAGCACAUGAAUUACAAGGGAUUAUCAAGGAAUGAAAAUUUGGUGGAUCCUAAUAGUAAAUUGCCAAGACUAGAGAAUGAGGACAUAUAUGAGAAUGGAAAAAUACUACUUCGACAGUGGCAAAGAUUCAAAGAUCACAAGGCCUUUGGGGCAGUAUUGAAAGAUUUUGCCAUUCAAGAAGGAUUCGAGCUUCGUAAAGUGAAACAUGCUUCACAUAGAAUCACUUCAGUUUGUAGAGCUGAAGGUUGCACAUGGCGAAUCCAUGCUUCCUUAUCACCAGAUGGGUGACAAUUUAUAAUCAAGACCUACAAUCCAGAGCACAAAUGUCAAUGUGUUGUGAAGAAUAGGAUAGCCACAUCAGGGUGGAUUGCCAAAAAGCUUUCUAGUACCUUAACUAAAACUCCUGACAUGAGUUUGCAAAGGAUGAGGCUAGAGUUGAAAGACCAUUUUGGAAUUGAAGCUACAAACAGGCAACUUUGGAAAGCUAGACAGAAAUCUAGAGAAGAUGGGGGCUAUGAUUAUGCUCACUCAUAUGGCAAUUUGAGGCAUUAUGCUGCUAUGAUUCACAAAACUAACCCUGGGAGUACUGCUAUUAUACAGAGUAAUCUAGUUCCAGUUGAGCAAAAUCUAGAUGAUGAGAAUUUGGAGGGUGAUAAUUUGGCAGCCCCAAUAAUGAAGUCUUAGUUCAACAGAAUUUUCAUUUGCUACUCAGGUGUAAAAACUGGUUUCUUAGCAGCCUGUAGACCAUUUUUUGGCUUAGAUGGUUGUCAUCUAAAAGGGCCAUACAAGGGAAUCUUAUUGUCUGCAGUGGGGCUUGAUGCCAAUCUUCACUUCUAUCCAAUUGCUUAUGCAAUUGUACAAGUCGAGAAUAACUAUAGUUGGAAAUGGUUUUUGGACUUGUUGAGAAACGAAAUUGGAGAUACUAAUAAAGGCCAACCAUGGUGUAUCAUGAGUGACAAACAAAAGGGUUUAAUUGAGGCUAUCACAGACAUCCCAGAUGCAGGGCAUCGUUUUUGUUGUUUUCAUUUGGAAAACAACAUGGUAAAAAAGUUUGGCACAUCACACCUUCAAGGUCUCUUUUGGGCAGCAGCUGAGACAGCCAAUUUUGAGAAUUUCAAGCGAAUAAUGGAGCGGAUUAAGGAAUUCAACCAUGAGGCACAUGUCUGGCUGAGCAAUAUUGACUUCAAGCAUUUGACAAUGAGCAAGUUUGAUCCAAAUGUGAAGGUAGAACAUCUCACCAAUAACUUUGUUGAGUCAUUCAAUGAUUGGAUAGAAGACCAUCGAUACAAGGCCCCAAUUGAGUUGCUAAAGGGUAUAAGAAUGCAACAAACGGCCAUGAUGGAUGCAAGGAAAGCAAUAGCAAACAGAUGGGAGCACAAGCUCACUCCAAAAGUCCAUGUGAAGGUGCAAGAACUCCAGAAAAGAGCACGUUUUGCAUUAGUAACAAGGGUUGGAAAAGAAGAAUUUCAGGUGGAUUAUGACAAAAAAAGGUGUACUGUUUGACUGAAUGAAUUAUUUUGCAUUUGUGGCCAAUGGCAGGUAAGAGGAAUACCAUGUAUUCAUACAGCUGCUUGUAUAACCACUACCAGGGCUGACAUAGUCAAUUAUUGCUCUCCAUACUUCACUACUGAAAUGUGGAGGAAGACAUUUGAGCAUGUUAUUUAUCCUAUCCCUGAUGAAUCGAUGUGGCCUCAAUUUGAUGAUGAGGAGUUAUUACCACCUUUUGUAAGAAAACCACCAGGGAGACCUAAAAAGCAUCGUAGAAGAAGGGUUGCAGGAGAGGAGAGGCCUUUCCCACCUAUGUCAGAGAGGCAGCCAACUAGAAUGGGUGUUUCUAGCACUAAAAAGUGUAAGAAUUGCCAUGAAUUUGGCCACAAUAGUAGGUCAUGCAAGAAACCAUCACCAUGCCCAUCUCAACCACAAGCACAACCAACAAGAGGCAGGGGCAAAGGCAAAGGAAAAAGCAAAGGCAAGAGCACUGGUCAAGGCAGAGGAAAUGCAGAACAAACACAAUCAUCUAAUGGCCCAUCUCAACCACAAGCAUCGCCAACAAGAGGCAGGGGUCGAGGCAGAGGUAGGGGAGAGGCCAAGGCAGAGGAAGGUCAACAUCAUUUGAGGUUCCAAUGACCAACUUUGAGCAACAUACUGCUGAAGAAAUGCACACCAUUGCAGCACCAAUAGGCCUAUUCUCAACACAUGAUACUCAAUAGAUCUACAACCAACCACAACACCUUUUGAACACAAGUUGACUACAGUUUACACUAUUUUUUGUUGUUCUAGUUGACUAAAUUCAUUUUGUAAAUCAAAAAAUAUUGGAUGCAGUAUUUAUUUUGUAUUUUGACUAGCUACACUACUGGAUUUUUGACAGACUAAUAUGACAAUCGGUUGUGGUCCAUGGAAAUUACAAUGAAGCAAUGAAUGUGGUUUUGCAAUUUUACAAUUUCACAAUUUUUUUUGUUCA